CGUGCUUUGCUCAUAAAAAACUUUCCGUUUCGUUUUAUUGUAUAUUCAUUUGAUGCAUUUUGACAAAUUGUAACAAAACUUUAAACUACGAUGAAAAUUUAAGUUUUAAUAGUGUUUUACUGUCUCUAUCUCCUGCCAUCCUUAAUCACCGCGUGAAAAUCCAGCCUACUUGCGGCCUAAGAUCCUCCCACUUGCCGUUUGUGGCGUUAACCCCUCCCACCUGCAGCGAUCACUGCUUGACUACCGUGACGACGUUCUGACGCGAGCCAACUGACCCUUCGCAAGCCGUUUGAUUGACAGGCGAUCUGACCAAUCAUAACGCCGAUAGUGUGCCCCCGUGAGUGUCCGCCAUUUUGUCCGACAAACAAAGACGUCCGACAAACCAGACGUAGUACAGUUACAUCGGCGAUUAACCUGAAAAAUGGUGAAAAGGUGCUCGUAUGGGACUUGCAACUCAGACAGUAGGUACCCAGAAAGGCUGGGCAAAAUACUAUUUCAUCCGUUCCCCAAACCUGCCACAAACCUGGAGAAGUGUAUGAAAUGGAUACGUUUGUGUGGACGGCCGCACCAUCAACUGAGUUUGGACAAGCUGAAAAUUCAUUCCACAGCCAAACACAUCUAUGUAUGUUCAAAGCACUUCGUUGACGGCCGGCCGACACCCCAUCACCCUGAUCCUCUGCCAGCGUUGACAUAUGACGUUACACCUGCGAGACGACCGCAUAAACUGCGAAUGGUGUCAGUGCCACGAAAGAAAAGACAACGAGUUGACAGCAUCAAAGUUGAGUGUGAUCUACAAGGCGUUUCCAUGGAUAUUACGGGAGAGAGGGCAUCAGAAUCAUUAAUGGAGGAUACUACUACAGAGGGGAGCACUAUGGUCAUUAAAAUGGAGUGCACAGAUGACCAACCCCAGAUGAGAGAAAACCAAGAGGAAGUAGAAAAACUGAAGGCUCUUCUUGCUCAAAAAGAACAAGAAAAUGACCUGCUAAGGGAGAAAAUACAAACUUGUCAGGCUCCUUACCCACUAACACCAGAGACUAUAAAUAACAGCAGUGUCCCUAACUACUUUAGAUACUGCACUGGGUUCACUUACGAUGAGUUCAACAAGCUGUGCAGAUUUUUAAGACUACCAGAUAGUGAAACAGUCACACAAACGCACAUCCCCUUGAACUGUGAUAAACUGGACAGGCACACCCGCCAUAUGCCUCUACGUCAGGAGUUUCUACUAGUGCUUAUCAGACUAAGACAAAACUUUGACCUCGAAGAGCUUGCUUUCAAAUUUCAAAUUGAUAUACAAAGCGUUAGCACUUUAUUCAGUUUGUGGAUCGAUUUCAUGUAUGACAGGCUAGGUGUGUCUGUCUGGCCCCACAGGGACAUCAUAACAAAAAACAUGCCAGACGACUACAAAGCAGAAUUUCCGACAUCUUUUGCAAUUCUUGACUGCACAGAGAUAAAGAUAGAGAAGCCCAGCUCGUUGUUAGUGCAAUGUGAGAUUUAUUCUAACUAUAAGUCUACGAACACACUGAAGUCUCUGAUAGUCUGUGAUCCUCGUGGCUCCAUUAUGUUUGCGUCUGCACUUUACACAGGAUCGACAUCUGACCAAGAGAUAUUUAGAGAGUGCAAAAUCAAAGAUUUACUGAAAGGUCUGCUUCAGUGUGGCUACCUUAAGAGAGGUGAUGGGCUCAUGGUGGAUAAAGGGUUUCUCAUUGAGAAAGACGCGAAGGAGCUUGGCCUUAAAUUAAACAUUCCUCCGUUUGCAAAGUCAAGUCUUCGAAUGCCCGUCUCGGAUGUUGAGAUAACAAAGAAAAUAGCCAAACAUCGAGUGCACGUAGGAAGAGCAAUAGCCAAAGUAAAACAAUUUAAAAUAGUAUCUGGCAGGAUCCCUAAUUCCAUGUUAGUAAAUAUAAACGAGAUAUGGUUCGUGGUGUGUAUGUUGUCUAAUUUCCAACAACACAUCAUUCAGACAUAGGCUGCUGAAGAAACCACAAAGGGACAGCAAAGUACUGCAGUUAAAGAUGCAGGGAUAGUUCGCCCCAAAAUUAAAACGGUGUCAUUUACUUACCAUUAUGUUGUACCAAACCUAUAUCAGUUUGUUUCUUAAGUUUAACACAAAAGAAGAUAUUUGAAUGCUGGUAACUAGGCAGUUAACUUGUAUGGCCAUGAUUUCUGUCUGCCUAUCACACAAGUUAUUUGAAAAAAAUAUUUUGUAUCCCAUCUUUAACCUUCCAAACUUGUAGUCUUUUACACUUGUGUUAACGUAAAUGUUUUUCUAUUGUAAUGAUCUGUGGAUGUACAAUAUACAAAAUUCAUGUGUCAUAAAAGUCCAGAUACAGUUUGGUAUUUCUAUCCUUCUUUUGUAAUUUAGUCUUUUUUUCUUCUUUAUGUGCCUUGCUUAAUACUUGUUUAUGUCGAUUUAUCUAUGCCAUUGUAGAUGUAUAUUAUAUGCAAUAUGUUCAAUAAAAAAAAGAAAAAAAGUUUAGCCAUCUAAAAAAAAACACUGCGCUUCUUCACAGCCUUUUACAAUGCCACAUACAAAAUGCGUUACUGCCCCCUGCUGGACUAAUAUCAAUAUCCACAUACA